AGUGCCUUUUCUCCCCCACCCAAACACACUCAGCCCUUUCACUGACCUGGCUUCUGAUUGGAGGCUGGUUGCUUUGGAUAAUGACCUCCAGGACCCCUCUGUGGGUUACAGCCUGUUCGCGUUACUCUUAACACAACUUAAGACGUCUGCGGUGGGGUGUGAGGAGUAAAAGACCGGUAUUUUCACAUCCCCAGGUACCAGAAGCUCAGAAGACUGACCGUUCCAGCCACCUGAGUGGGCCCAGGGCUCGCAGCUGCCCAUGUGUCCCUCCAGACAGGCUGCUUGCUAAAAUGAGGGAUCUUCUUCAGUACGCCGCCUGCUUCUUUGCCUUUUUCUCUACUGGGUUCUUGGUUGUGGCCACCUGGACAGACUGUUGGAUGGUGAAUGCUGACGAUUCCCUGGAGGUGAGCACCAAAUGCCGAGGCCUCUGGUGGGAGUGUGUCACGAACGUUUUUGAUGGGAUUCGCACCUGUGACGAGUAUGAUUCUAUCCUUGCCGAACACCCCUUGAAGCUGGUGGUAACUCGAGCGUUGAUGAUUACUGCAGAUUUAGCUGGAUUUGGAUUUAUCACCCUGCUUCUUGGUCUCCACUGUGUGAAAUUCCUCCCUGAUGAGCCAUACAUCAAAGUCCGCAUCUGCUUUGCUGGAACCAUAUUACUAAUAGCAGGUGCCCCAGGAAUCAUUGGUUCAGUGUGGUACGCUGUUGAUGUUUAUGUAGAACCUUCUCUGGUUUUGCACAAUAUAUUUCUUGGCAUCCAAUACAAAUUUGGUUGGUCUUGCUGGCUUGGAAUGGCUGGGUCUCUGGGUUGCUUUUUGGCUGGUGCUGUCCUGACAUGCUGCUUAUACCUCUUCAAAGAUGUUGGACCUGAAAGGAACUAUCCGUAUUCCAUGAGGAAAGCCUACUCAAAUGCAGCUAUUUCCAUGGCCAAGUCAUACGUAGCCCCUAGGACAGAGACCGCCAAAAUGUAUGCCGUGGACACGAGAGUGUAAAGUGCCACACAUCAGUCUGUGUAUAUAUGUUCCUGAAAUGAUCAAUCAAUAUGUUUAGGUUAAUACAAUAGCAGGUUGAUCUAGGAGCACUUACUUAGUCCUCAUGUUCAACUAAGUUAAUUGCUCAGCUUAAUCAGGAAGUUUUGAUUCUGCUAUCACUGCUCCUUUUCUGUUAUUCCCAUAUUCUCCCUCCUUUCCACCCUCCUCUUGCACAUGCUCACAUACACUUGCCCUGUAUUUACAGAUAAGGUUGCUAGGAUAUACAAAUGUCUGUUUGUGAUUUCAUAUUGCUAUUAGAGAUUGUGACAUGGUGAUAUUCAAGUAAAAUGAUACUUUAAGACUAGAAAGCAACCUUUAAAAGAGGCCAGAGAUUCUAAUCUUUGAAGGUAUUGACAGCCUCUUAGCUCCUUCUCUGGCUUUUUGGUUCAUUCUUUGUGUUCUCAACUGAGUGAGUUAUUUGAUAACUUUGAAGAUGAUUUUCCACAUUUAAACUAGUAUAUCAAACCCUACUGUUACUCUGACUCUGUUAAAAUAGAAAAAAGAAAUUAACAGCUUCAUCUACCAGCUGCUGGUGGAACUGAAAGAUAAGAAGUGUCCCCUCCAUACUUGGAAUGUCAAAAGCAAAUGUCAGAUUAAUACCAGAGCAGUGGUCACUGUCUUCCUCGUAAACAACAUAAGAGAUCUGUGUAUUAUUUUAUUGCGACUGUAAGUUUGCCUAUAUAUUGCCAAAUUAUUAGACCACAGCUGCAACAGCUAAACCAGAGAGUUCAGUCAUUUAUAUAUUGGACAUCCAAAAAUGUUUCAAAAAUGCACCAUAUUAAAAUUCACUGAUUCAGGUGUUCUCCCACACUGGGUCCUUAGCACCCAGGAAAAUAUCUGACAAAUGAUAAAAUUUAACAAUAUUUGUUGAUUGGAAGAAAUAACUUCUCACAACUCUCCACUGAAAUAAAGAUCAGUUUUUCUCACAAAAUGUCUAUUUGUCGAGAAAAAAAAUGGAAUUAUAUAUUAAUACUACACGUAAAGAAAUCAGUGAAUGAUUGCUAUAGCAUCUGUUCGUAUUAACACUGUGGUCAUACAUUUUUUUUAAA